CUCGUCCGCUCCCAGGCAGCAGCCCCGGAGACUGGUCCUGCUCGGCGGUCACGCUGUCGCUGCCUGACAAACACCCGAGAGGAAGAAUCCCGCCCAGCCAGUUCCCGAGAGCCUGUGGCAGCCGCAGCAGCUCCUCGCCGCCAUGCCGGGGGCCCUCCUGAGCGCCGUCCUCCUCCUGGCCAUCUCCGCGCCGGCUGCCCUGGCGGUGGACUUCCUCGUUCCCGCCGGCGAAGGGGCGAGCCUCCCAGAGACAAAGGUCAUCUGCAUCAACAACAUCAACCAUUGCUGGUUUGUCUCCUACAUCAAGCCAAGUGAGCCCAUCUGUGGCAGUGACCAGAUCACCUACAGCGGGGAGUGCCACCUCUGCUUCGCCGUUCUAUAUAAAAAGCUUAACAUAACUAAACUGCAUGAUGGACCAUGCAAAAGCUCGUGAAUUUACCAUGAAGAACGCUGGACCCGCGGAACCGCAGACCAGCACGGGAAACACCGCGGCCGCCGCCUCCAGCUGGUCCCGCCGGGGAGUGCUGCCGCGGGGCGUCCCGUCCCCGUGGGUCCGACUCCGGCUCUGCUUCUUCAGUAAAUGGUUCCCAGCGGAAACCGUGGCUGGCGAACACUUUUCUUGGCGAA